AUGGCUGCAGCAUCAUCAAAUAGUGGAAGAUUUGUUUUUGAGUCUGGGGAUUGGCCUUGUCAACAGUGUCAUGAGAUAAAUUUCAAAUCACGCAAUGUUUGUCGUCGUUGUUCAACGCCACGUAAUCAACCAGCUCAAGUGAAUUCGACUGCUGCUGGUAUUGCUCCUCAAUCUACAUCUAAACCAGGUGACUGGAUAUGUCAAUCUUGUAGCAUUCUAAAUUUUGCUGCUCGUACUGCAUGUUAUAAAUGUGGUCUACAAAAACAAGUAUCCACAGUUUCGCAUUCUUCGCCACCAGUAGUAUCGAAACCAGGUGAUUGGAAAUGUAAAUGUUCUGAAAUAAAUUUCGGCUCACGUACUGUAUGUCGUUCGUGUGGUACAGCAAAACCAUCUGCUGACAAUACAAAAACUUCAAACGAAUGUGUUAUUUGCAUGGAAAAGCCGAUUGAUUCGGUAGUAACGACAUGUGGCCAUUCAGCUAUGUGUCUUGAAUGUGGGGCUCAAGUUACUUCGUGUCCAAUCUGUCGUAAUCCUUUUAAUCAACAACAAAUAAUUAAACUCUUUAAAGUUCAUGAAUAG